AGGGGACCGCGGGACGAGGCCCGGUGCUGGCCCCCCGGGGGUUUCGGAGCCCUGCGGGGUGCCUUGGUCCCGGCACAGCGAGCGGGAGCUGCGUCUUGUGGCCAGGAGGGGUGCUGGGGAAGGAGGUUGCCCCAAUUCCUAGGGGCUGGGGUGGUGGGGAAGGACCCUGCCCCAAUCCACACGGUGUUUCGGGUGGGAAGGAUUCGCAGGGUAAGGGCUGACUGCCUCUGAUGCCCAGGGUGGGAGAUGGCAACGCUUCGGCGCGCACCGUGCUUUUCUCGCCCUGCAAAAGCAACACACACGGCUUUUGUAUAGCACCGCAGACAUUGCCACGAUGCAAGUAUGGACAUAAUAGCCUAUGAUGCUUACUCCAGUCCACCGCUUCAGAGAUAUUGAAAGGAAACCUGAAUACCUACAGCCAGAAAAGUGCGUUCCACCUCCUAGCCGCACUUCCCUGGGAACAAUGUGGUUUAUUCGAGAUGGCUGUGGUAUUGCAUGUGCUGUCGUCACCUGGAUGCUGGUGUUCUACGCCGACUUCGUAGUCCUUCUUGUCAUGCUGGUUCCAUCGAGAGAUUACAUUUAUAGCGUCAUCAAUGGCACGCUGUUCAACACCUUGGCUUUCCUUGCUUUGGCUUCACAUUUUCGAGCUAUGCUGACAGAUCCAGGUGCUGUACCCAAAGGUAAUGCAACAAAGGAGUUCAUUGAGAGUUUACAGCUAAAGCCAGGACAGGUGGUUUACAAGUGCCCAAAAUGUUGUAGCAUCAAACCUGACAGAGCACAUCACUGCAGUGUUUGCAAGAGGUGUAUUCGGAAAAUGGACCAUCACUGCCCGUGGGUCAAUAACUGUGUAGGAGAGAAUAACCAGAAGUACUUUGUACUGUUUACAAUGUAUAUAGCACUGAUUUCCCUGCAUGCUCUAAUUAUGGUGGGAUUUCACUUCUUGUAUUGCUUUGAAGAAGACUGGACAAAGUGCAGCUCCUUCUCUCCACCAACCACAGUGAUUCUCCUCAUCCUCUUGUGUUUUGAGGCUCUCCUAUUUCUCAUCUUCACCUCAGUUAUGUUUGGGACCCAAGUACACUCCAUCUGCACUGAUGAAACGGGUAUUGAGCGUCUUAAAAACCAGAAGCCCACCUGGGAGAGGAUCAGCGGCUGGGAGGGGAUGAGAGCGGCCUUCGGCGGUGCUUUCUCCUUGGCGUGGCUCAGUCCUUUCUCGAACCUGGACUGCAAGAGCCCACCGCCAGCUGGGGUGGCGGCAGCAGCCCCCGCAUCCGCGAUCAUGACCCAAGAAGAAAUCGAGCAGUUCCUGGCUCGAGACGUCGCCAUCCAGGUGUUACAUGAAUAAGCAAAGCGUCCUCGGAAGUGUCAAGGGACGGUUUCAGGUUCUUUUGUUUUAAUAGCUACUUGCGCUGGAGAGAGGUAGGGUGGGUUUUUGGUUGGUUUGUUUGUUUUUAAUGUACUUUUGGUGCAGAAAAUAAUUCAGGAGUAUUUAUCGGGGAGCCAGGUACGGCACUAGCAGAAGCAGUGCAAAUCUCCAGCCAAAGCUUUAUAAAUGGUGAGAUUCAUAAGCUCCUCUCCCUACACGUGUCGCCUGCUGUAUUGAGCAUUUCUAACGUGGCCUCUAAGGAAAGCUGCCAGCGUGGUCCCAGAAGGUGCAGCCGGGAGGGGUCUGUGUGCCCUUGUGUCCUUACAGCCCUUCGGAGGCUGUGCGAUAAGCAUGGCGUGACGGCCGUGUUAGCCCAGCUCUGAAGGUUUUGCUAAAAACACCUCCUUUUGAGCUCAGCCUGUGGAUGCCAGCUCUGGACUGUGAAGGAGGCCGGAGCUCAGCUCCUGGCAGAGGUGGGAUGCCAGGAUCUAGGAACACCGGGGCUGUUCCUGCACUCAAAGAGAGGGAGGCAUCCGCACCCCGCCGCUCCGUUGGGCUUGCUCUGCUUACACCUCUUUUUUCUUCUCUGGGUAGCCGGAGGUAGCUGGGAACAAACGUUGCCUCUUAAUCCUUCCUCUAACAUUGUCCUGUCAGCGUUUGCUGCUAAUCAGGGGCUCCUUAAGCUAAUUUUGCAGCCAGCUCCUGGUGAAUGGUGUGAGCGCAGAGAAGGACCACGUGUUGCCCAAGGAGGAUGCUGCUGCAGGUGGCAAUGGUCACAGCAAGAGCAUUCGGGGACCACUCUGGUCAUCAGUUACAGCAGCUUUAUAUUUAGAAUAUUUUUUCUGUCUGUUGUUGUUUUGUUUUCUUCUUCAUGUCAUCUCCCUCAUCUUAAUUAUCAGCGAAUUUUGCAGGGUACCAGGGAGAUGUGCUCCUGGGUUUCCACCACAGGUUGUGCUUGGCUUCGAGCCCCCCUCCCCAUAACGUGGAACAAAGAUAAUUGCUUCCUCUAGAGAGAAAGGUAAAGGAGUCGGGGAGGAAUUGUGGGAGACUUAGGUUAGGUUUCUAUUAUUUAUUGAAGCAAUACCAGGUGGAAUUUGUGCAAGAUUUUAUUUUUUUCAUGACAGUGAUAAAGGAGCUUUGGGGAUGAAAAUGUGGUAACAAACUGAGUCUGGUGACUGUAAGGAGUACAGUUUGGCUGAAAACCGGGAAAAAAACAGAGUAGAUAUUAACAAACAAGAGCAUUAAAUGAACAUCAGGGACAUACAUAGAUCUGUAAGGGAUUUCCGAUAGGGAGAAAUAGGGACGUUUAAGGAGGACACUAAGACUAGCUCAUAUUUCCUAAUUUUGGCUUGCUGCUCAGCCUCUGUCUGCUCCCUGUGAGCUUCUCUGCCCCUGCUGCCCUAUCCAUAGGGUGGGAAUGGUGCUACGGGGUCCUGCAGGAGAACCGAGGUCGUGGCUGGAAACCAGCGCCAGCAGCUUUAGAAGCAGAGAACUUGGAGGCAAUUUGAUGGCUAUGUCCACGGUGUGACUGCUGGGGUGGGCUGCUCUUGGUGGUGUUUUCCAGGUGGCUGGAGCUGGGCCAGGAGCAGUUGUGGCCCUCGUUCAGCGAGCGGGAGCAGUGCUGGCUGCCGGCCCCCUUAGGAGACGCUCUGCAGACGUGCCUGAUGCCUCGGCUGAGCCGCGUGCUUCGCCUCUCGGGCACGGUCUGGAAAAUUGUUCUUGGAUGGCCUGAAAUGCCAGGGUGAAGAUUGCGUCAAGGCGAGCUCGUGAGGGCCUCAGUUUGGAAAAAAGCACCUUGUGCCAUGUUUUGGUGAUGCUCCUCGGGUGCUGCUCUUGUCGCUUUGGGUGGACACGGGUUGAGGUGGCAUGUUUCGGCCUCUGCUCUCCGGGCUGGUGCACCUUAUUGUGUCCCACCUCCUGCAUUGCUCCUCAGGCGCUGGCAUUUCCUUGUUUUGUUUUGUUUCGUUUUGUUUUUCCUUAUUUUUUAAUAACUGAAACUGGAAAGCAGUGAGAAGUGAGGGGUGAGGCUGCCCCACUCCUUCCCCUACACACUCCCACAUUUUCAUCCCAGCCAAGGGGCAGGAGCUGGAAACACAUCAGGAACCCAGCGUAUUUCCUUCACAUCCUCACUAUACCUCCUGCCCUGCCUCGAGACAGCGUGACAAAAGUUGGAAGUGGCAGAAACCUUCGGGAGCUGGAGAAACGUCCUUUAUCGCUGGCUCUGCCACAAAUCUCAUACUUUAAUUACCACCCCGCCAGCUCGAGACCAAAUGUGAUUUCCAUGAAAUUGAAACCAAACCCCUGGUUCCCAUCCCCUUCCCUUUGUGUGCCUGUUGCCCCCCGUGCCGUGGUGCCUUUGCCUCCAGCCCUGUGUGCGGCAGCUGCCCCGGGGAAGGCCGGGGGCCCUCGAGGAUGUUCCCCUGGUGAAGGCAGCGCAGUGAGGGCACCUUCCUGGGCUGGGGCUCCUGCUGCUGCUCCGGGGUGAGGUUUUCCUCCGUGGUGGGACAGGAUCGUGGCAGCUGUGGGAAGUGUUCCUCUACUCCGGUGUCUUCGACAGCAGGUUUUUCUAUGCAAGUUGAGCACUUACACCUCUUGGAAAUAUAUGUAUUUUGGUAAUUGUAACUUCUGUUUUAUGCCUCUGGUGGCUAAGUGUACUUUAAAAUUAUUAAAGAAUUAACACUUCCA